CGGGUCUUCGCCCCGGCGCCUUAGGGUGGUUGUGCCCGCCGGAUGCUCGUCUGGUGGUGGGAAGCCCUGGACUGGAGCCUCCCGUGGGCAUGGAGAACAGACCGAGCUGCCCCAGGUUAAGCAUGGAGUAGACAGAGAGUUGGAUUUCAUCAAAAUUAGUGGAGAUUUGCAAGAUGAUGAUUCAUGGUGAUGGCUUGCAGAGUCAUAAACAAAAGAAGGCACAUGGGACUUCAACAACUCUCAUCAUUUGCAGAAACAGGAAGAACUUUUCUGGGCCCAGUAAAAUCAUCCAAAUUUAUUAUAGAUGAAGAGUGUCAUGAGAGUGUGUUAAUCAGUUCAACAGUAAGGCUUCUCGAAAGUUUGGAUUUAACCAGUGCAGUGGGACAACUUCUCAGUGAAGCAGUUCGAGCACAAAAUAACACAUACAGAACUGGAACCAGUACUCUUUUGUUUCUUGUUGGAGCAUGGAGCAGUGCUGCUGAAGAAUGUCUUCACAUGGGUGUCCCCGUUUCGUUAAUAGUGUCUGUAAUGUCAGAAGGCUUGAACUCUUGUAUUGAAGAGGUAGUUUCCCUUGAAGUCCCUGUCCACCAUGUAUUUGACCAUAUUGACAACACAAAGACAUUUUCUGGACUUGAAACAUUUAGUGUCAGUUUGGGCCCUUUUCUACAAAUCCCAUCAGAUACUGGUUUGAUGCAGAAAGAGUAUGAUCUCAAAGAUGUUGCCCCUCAGCCAUUGACCAUUCACAAUCUUUCUGGGAGACCUGUUAAAUCACCUCAACUCUUUAGGCCUCAGGCUAAGGUUGAAGCAGAUACAAACACGUCACAAACCCCUCAAACUCUGAAGAACAGUCUGCUUGCAGACACCUGCUGCAGAAAGUCAGUACUAAUCCACAGUAGGCAUCUUAAUAGGACAGAUAAUAGCCAGCAGAUAAGCAAACCAGAUGGAUUUCUAGAACAACAUGGUGCAGCUACUCCCCAGGCUUACAGGUGUAAUGAUCUGGUAGAGUUGGAGGUGGGUUUGAGUCACGGAGAUGACAGCAGCAUGAAAUUAGUAGAAGCAGCAGCACAGCUGCAAUAUCAGAAUGCUCGUACGCAACAGGGCAGCUGUGCAAUGCCGUUUAUGUUUGACAUUUCAAGAAUCUUCACUUGCUGUUUACCAGGUUUACCAGAAAGUUUUUCUUGUGUCUGUCCAGGAUAUAUCACUGUUGUAUCAACAUCCAGCACUACUCUGAUCAAGGAAUUGCAGAAUCAGCCUAUCCGGGUAGUUCUUAUUGAGGGUGACCUCACAGAGAAUUAUCGCCACCUAGGAUUUAACAAGUCUGCAAAUAUUAAAACGGUAUUAGAAAGCAUGAAGCUUCCACAAGACAGCUCAGAAGAACUGUGGAUAAAUCGUGUAUUAGAGAUAUUAAUUAAAUUCAAUGUGAACCUUAUCCUGGCACAAGGAAAUGUAUCUGAACACUUAAUUGAAAAGUGCACACACAGUAAGCGGUUGGUAAUUGGGUCAGUGAAUGGCAAUGUGAUGCAGGCUUUUGCAGAGGCUUCAGGGGCCGUACAGGUGGCCUACAUUACACAAGUGGAUGAAAACUGUGUGGGUAAUGGGGUCUGUGUGACCUUCUGGAGAAGCAUUCCCUUGGAUGUUGUAGAUACAGUCGACGGAAUGGCAAUCAUGUUAAAAACAGAAGGGAUUAAUUUGGUUACGGUAGUGCUCACUAGCCCGGUCACUGCACACAUGCAAAGCAAAGAAGAUAGAUUCUGGACUUGUGCCUCUCGCCUGUGUUAUGCUCUAAAAGAGCAAAAGGUCUUCCUUGGAGGUGGUGCAGUUGAAUUUUUGUGUCUUAGCCAUCUUCAAAUUCUUGCGGAGCAAUCUCUGAGUAAAGGAAACCAAGCCUGUUCAGGAUGGCUUCAUAAUACUUCCUCUUGGCUGGCCUCAUCUCUGGCACUGUACAGACCCACUGUGCUUCAAUGCCUAGCCAAUGGAUGGCACAAGUACCUUUCAACUCUCAUAUAUAACACUGCCAAUUACUCAUCGGAAUUUGAAGCCAGCACAUUCAUUCAACAUCAUCUACAAAAUGCCAUAGACUCUGGCUCUCCUUCAUCUUACAUCUUGAGCGAAUAUAGUAAACUAAAUAGUGGAAUUUUCAAUUCAGGCAUUUCAAAUAAACUGGGACAAAUUCCAAGAGUUUAUGACAUUGUUACACCAAAGAUUGAGGCGUGGCGCCGAGCUUUGGAUUUAGUACUCUUAGUCCUUCAGACAGACAGUGAAAUUAUUACUGGACUCGGACACACAGAGAUAAAUUCACAGGUGCCAGAGGGCUUUUUAUUUUUGUAGUGUUAUUGGCUAAGUCUUUGGAAAAUAAUCUUUUGUAAUAUAUCAUGCUAAUAAUAAAUUUUCUAGUAGCCAGGUCAUAGUGCCUAAAAUGCCAGCUAUUACCAAGAAGAAAAUAAUUGAUAUCUGUCAAUAAUUGUGCAAGCUCUGAGAUUUCACUCUACUUAACAAGCUAACAAGUUAGCCUGUUACUAUUUCAUGGGAUGCUAUAGAAUACAUGAGACACUUGGGUAACAGACAGAGGACUUUUAUUAUUCACAGCAAAAGCAGUAGCCAGAGCUUCGUGUGGGUUUGUGUCAGUUCACCGUUUCUGUAAGUCCCACAAAAGCAACACAAAGGGCCAAUGAUGGAAGCCUGCACACAUAGUGAGUUGUGUUACUGAAGAGGAACACUGAGCUUGGGAUAUUCACCGCUUUUGUGGUAAGCAGAAACAGUCCUGUUCAUUGUCCAAGGGGAGUUGUUACCUCCUGCCUCAAGGUUGCUGAGUGUAAACACAAGCCUGGACUAGGUAAAGGUAGGUCAGGUCUUUGCAUUCAUGGCAUACCCAGAAAGUAUGCCAUGUUGCUCACAGCCCAUAAUGGAUAGCCUCUUCCAACAAUUCACUGUUUAACCUGACAUGUUCUUGGCCAAACUUGAAUUUUCAUGUGAGUAUGCUGCUCUUUUGGCUACUCUGAUUAAUCUGAAAAACAGGUUGUUUAGUCAAUACCAACACCAUUCAGUUGGUCUCAUAUAGCAAUUAAUUAAGUCUGCUGUCAACAGACUCUGAGCAGCAGGGUGAAGCCAGUCUGCAGUAUUGACCUCAGUCGUGUCCCCCAGGGUCUUGCAUUUAGUCAACUGUAAAUUCCAGUGGGUUAGCAGGACAUCUUUUUAUUAGCCAGAAUGUAGUCUAAGACCAAUUUAUUUUCCAUUAUGACCCACGCAAGGGAGCUUUGACUGAUUUGCUGACCUUUGGUGUCAGUACCAAAAAUUAUAGGAGGCAAUAGAUGGGCCAGGAAGCAACCCCGAUCCCUAAUGGAGAGAUCUUCCAUGGCCCAUUUUCCCCACAUACAAGCACAUAAUCCAGUGGACUCAGGUCAGUCUACUUCAGGAUUUGUUGUUAAACCUGAUUUGAAUUACCAUUAUAUAGAUUUGAUUAAGUCACAAAGAUAGUGUCACCCAGUAGUUGCAGCCUCAGUUUCCAUACAUGGCAAAUUCCAAGGCCACUCAAACAUUAUGAGAAACAUAUGGUCAGUCAGAUUGAGACAAGGAUGUCCUGGUUCCUGUAUUUGCACUUGUUCACCCCUAGGAGCUGCCACUGAUGGCAUCGUGUACUGCCUCCAAUCCUGAAUGAGUCUUAAGGUGUCGAGCCUUCUUUUUGGUGGUGGGGCAUCAAAGAGACAAUAUUUGUUUGACUCCCAGAGGGAUUGAGUGCUAUGAAUCUGUCGAGACAGUCUCAAGAAACUUUACUUGGCAAAUAGGGUUCUGAAUUUUGUUGGGAUUUGUCAGCCACUCCUACUGGUAGAGGUGGAUAACUCCACAGUCAGGUAGAUAGUGGCCACAAUCAGGGCCAUUAAGACAGGCUUCUAACUUGUCAAUGACCAGAUCAUCUAUAUAGUAAACAUUUGGGGCAUCAGAGCAUAGAGGCACUGACACUAAAUCCCAACCCGCCGAUGGGUUAGGAUGGGUGAAGGCUUGGUAGCGGAUGGCAGGGAGUUUUCUCUACAAGUGGCAAUGCUCUGAAUGGGAGAAUCUCCUCUGGCACUUUAUGAGCAUUUAUAGUAUAAGCAAAUAACAUCUCAAUACCAAUUAUGUAUUUUCAUAACAAAAGUACAUUGAAUUGGUUUACAGGGUCAUUUUUUCCCUUUACUGCAAGAUUUGCUCCAAUCCUAUCAGUUGACUUUAGUCACUUUUCCCCCCAGUGGGAAUAUGGACCAAGAAGUUUAACAGUUGCACAUUAGGGCCUUUAAAAGCUGCCAAGAGAUUAUGUUAUUUCCCUGCCUAGGAGCUCAGGAAGGAGCAGGGAGUGAGGGCGGCAGCCAAGGAGGCCCUGUUUUUCUUUUUUUUUGGCUUUUCACUUAGCUGUUGGUGCCGACUUCUCCCCUGUGCACUUCCCGGUAUCGAGAGCACCCAGACUCCAGGGAUCUUUCUUUUUGCCCCCCAUACACCAUGGCAUCUCCUCAGUGUCCUGCAGUCCUUGGUACUUUUGACUGCCCUGUGCCAAUGCCUACUUCCCCUCUGGCACUAGGGGCACCUGUAUCUUACAGAGCUAUAAAAGUUUGAGUCACUUUCUUCCCCAUUGUUCCUCCGUCGCACUUGGCUUUCUCCUUCAAGCAGCUGACGUCAGGGUAGAGGGUGAAGGAGGUAGCAAGAAUUGUGGAGAAAGAGAAGGGCUCCAUGCCACUGAGCAAAGCUUUGAAUUUAGAGUAGUCCGCCCUUAUCCAUGGUUUCACUCUGUAGUUUCUGUUACCCGCUGUCAACUGUGGUUCGAGAGUAUUACAUGGGAAAAAUCCAGAAAUAAACAAUUGAUAAGUUUUGAGUUGCAUGCCAUUCUGAGUAGCAUGAUAAAAUCUCACUCGGUUCCAUCUGGGACGUGAAGCCUCCCUCUGUCCAGCGAGUCCACACUGUAUGUGCUGCCUGCCGGUCAGUCACUCAGUAGCCGUCUCAGUUAUCAAGAUCUGCUGUCAGUUUCGCAGUGCUUGUGUUUAAGUAACCCUUAUUUUCCUUAAUAACGGCCCCAAGGCACAGGAGCAGUGAUGCUGGCAAUCCAGAUAUUCCAAAGAGAAGCCAUAAAGUGCU